AUGCCGCUCAAUCCCUUCGAAGAGAGGCGUCAUAACCCCCUGGCUCGGACCGCCACACGCAGAACCUCUGCUGGUACUACGGGCAAUGAAGACGGCCAGGACUACUGUCGUAUUUGCCGUGGCGAAGGCACCAGCACGCAGCCUCUCUACUAUCCGUGCAAGUGCUCUGGCAGUAUCAAAUUCGUCCAUCAACAAUGCCUCAUGGACUGGCUCUCACAUUCCCAGAAAAAAUACUGCGAGUUAUGCAAGACUUCUUUUCGAUUCACCAAACUCUACGACCGGUCGAUGCCCGCUACGCUUCCGUUUCCCCUCUUUCUGCAAAAACUGGCCCGUCAUGGGGCGACCGAGUUUGCUCGCUGGUCACGGUACUUGCUGGUGGGCAUGAUCUGGACCUGUUGUCUGCCUUGGUGCAUCCGACAGAUAUGGAGAGGUUUGUUCUGGCUUGCUGAUGGGAACUGGGUCGAUGAGUCGAACCUGCAAGCCACGUCCAAUCCAUCUUCAAACAUGACCGGCACCGUCGCCGGGCCUGAAGCGUCGCUUGCCACUUCCUUGAAUUUCACUGUUCCGGAACAGCUUGAAAAGAUAAAACUGGUGUUUCCUCCGAUGCAGGUUUCCUUGGCUGACAUUGCGCGGCUGUUUCUUGGUCAAAGCAUGUUCGGCAAGAUCCUCCGCUUCAUUCUGUCCACCUUCAUCCCACGUUUGAGACAAAUUGAUACGCCCGGACAUGGCCAGAAUUCCACGGCGGAACUGCCCCCCGCAGCCAUGAGACCCCCGUCAUUGCUAUCCGACGUCCAAUUUAUUGCGACAUGGUCUACUUCUCCUAUGGCCAACCACAUCACCGUUGAUGUGAUCGAAGGCCAGUUGAUCUGUGUCUUGUUGGUCGCUGCAUUCAUCCUAGUGUUUCUGAUUCGAGAGUGGGUCAUCAACCAACAGCCGAUCCUGAACAUGCCUGACCCGGACGAAAAUGCUCAGGCUGAUGAUGCGAGGCUACGUCUACCACCUAACCUACCCCGCGUUCCUCGUGUUGGCGAUAACGUCGCAGAUGAACUAGCUGCCAUGCAGCAACUCGCAGAACAGUUACCUCACGAGGAAACAGCCCCGCCGAGACCACCAUUCAACCAACACCGCAUUCCCCCUGUCGGCGAUAACAUCGCAGAUGCGAUCGCCGCUCUGGAGCGUCGUGCAGCACGAAUGCCCCCAGAGGACCCGACUCCGCCGCCAUUAUCGCCAUUUCGGGCUCUUACGGACGAUAAUAUGGGCAUUGAGACGGAACAUGAAUUUGAGAGACCGAUCCUGAUGACCAGAUCCCAAAGUGCAUCAGCCGUUGCCGGCGCAGUUCAGGCUGGCAGGGGAGUUUCUGGGGAAAACGGCGUGCCUACAACUGAACCUUGGAGUCUAUCGUUCAGAAGACACAGCGCUGACGACACUGAAGCCAACCAUUAUCUGCCUCUAGUGCCCCCAAGCCAUCCGUUUGUUGAUCGUAUCAGCGGUGAUGAAUCUCCGAACGAGCUUGAACAUUACUUGUUUUCUGGGGAUAUCUCUGAACUCUCCCCGGUCGGGCUAAUGGACUAUCCGGAGCAUCAGCUAGUUGGGCAAGAAGGAUCUGAAUCAGCGGACACAUUUAGUCGCAGAGUGUCGUUCGCAGAGGUGUCAGAUGUGAUUGAUGAUGCAACACAUGGGCUAUUGGACUCGAAUAACGAUAGACCCGGGUCUGAUUCGGACGCGCCAGUGAUACCCACACCCGAAUCGAACGAUGCGGAUCAACUUCCUCAACCAGGGGGCAACUUACUUGGUGGCGAAGACCAGGAAGUUCUUUUCGACGGUGCAGAUCUUGUGCAGCCGGAAGAGGUCCCUGCAUCUAAUGACGAAGCUGCGCUUGAAGAUACAACAUUAUGGGGGAAGACAUCACAGUGGCUCUGGCACACCGAAUUUGAGGCUGACGGCCAGCCUCAUGCGGAUACUGGCGAUCCCGCUCGCGCUGAGGACCAAGACGAGGAACGCAUUGUAGAGGAUGUUCACGCAGAAGCUCCAUUUGUACCGGUCCAAAAUCGAGACGCUGCACCCGGGUUGGUGCCUCCCGCUGCCAUUGACGCACCAGCCGCUGCACCUGCAGAAGCCAGAGAGCCCAACAUGCUGUUUGGAGUCGACCUCAACGAACCUAACCCGGACGAUGCGGAAGAUCUUGAUGGCAUCCUGGAACUUCUUGGUAUGGAAGGACCUAUUUUCGGCAUGGUCCAGAAUGUCAUCUUCUCGCUUUUCCUCAUCACGGUGACCUUGUCGGCCAGUGUCUGGUGUCCCUACAUAUGGGGAAAGAUUGCACUGUUAUUCCUCUCAAGCCCUACCAGCAUGUUGGCCAAGGCUCCGCUAUUUGUACUGUCACGGACUGCGGAUAUUGUGGUCGAUAUCAUUUUCUUCGUGGCAGGACUUGCGGGUUUCCUCCUCAACCAGCCUGUAAAGAUCAUGAAAGCUAUUGUGUCUCCAGUUAUACCUCGUUUUGGAGGCAUUCUCGACACUGGCAUGUUGGAAGGCUUUAGCCUCGACCUGAGCCAAAAGAGUGGUAUCCGCUUGGAAAAGACACUCUCGGCCGCCGUCCUCAGCCUCAGGCCGGAUUUACCAACAUUUUCGAUGCAGUCACAUCGAGCACUCCUCUCUUUCAAAGCUUCCCUACAUACAGCGGUCCAGUGGAUCGCCUCGGCCCUAAUCCAGGGCCAAGCGAUGUUGACAAUGGACCGCGAGAGCUCUAGCGCCCUGUUGACUUCCUUCUGGUACACGCUGAGGUCGGUUCCUCAAUUGUUUGGGAAUAUCCCUCAGCUCGGUGGAUAUGCGACCAACCUCCUGCGUUCCGUAUUUACGGACCUUGGUGCCUCGCCAUCUAGCAAUGGAGAUGGUAUGGAUCCUUCCUUGAUUCAGUGGGGCACAGAAGACCGGAUCCUUACGAUUCUGCUCGGAUACGCUUUCUUCGCCAUUGCUGGAAUCGUGUUCCUUGAGAUUGCUCAUCUCGUCCUCGGCUUGAGGGACGGCGAAAGGGUCGAAGGCUAUUUUGCAGAUUCCCUUCGCCAAGCUGGUGGUGUGAUGAAAGUCAUCGUCAUCAUUGGAAUUGAAAUGCUGGUCUUUCCCUUGUACUGUGGACUGCUCCUGGACAUGGCGCUUCUUCCCCUGUUUGCCAACGCCACCGUUGCUAGCCGCAUUGCUUUCCUCAUGCGAACUCCUUUGACCGGAAUUUUUAUACAUUGGUUCAUCGGCACCUGUUACAUGUUUCACUUCGCCCUUUUUGUAUCAAUAUGUCGAAAAAUCAUGCGAAAAGGCGUCCUGUAUUUUAUUCGAGAUCCUGACGAUCCGACGUUUCAUCCAGUGCGCGAUGUUCUUGAACGACCUGUACCGGCACAACUGGGCAAAAUUGCGUUCUCGGCGUUGGUCUAUGGUGGCUUGGUCAUUGUUUGCCUGGGGGGCGUGGUAUGGUCGAUAGACUGGUUUGGCGGCGUUCUACCGAUCCAAUGGUCGACUCCGGAGCCCAGGUUGUCGUUUCCAGUCGACAUUAUCUUUUACAACUUUCUCCUUCCGUUCGCAUUGCGCAGGGCCGAGCCAUCGAAAAAGAUUUCCGCAAUGUAUCAAUGGUGGUUUCGAGGAUGUGCCAGGUUCUUGAGAUUGACCAACUUUCUCUUCGGGGAAGAGCGCAAAGAAGAAACGUUCAGUCAUCCAAACGGGUUUCCGUGGAGCUUGUUCGCCAAAGACAAUGCCGCAGAACCGAAACGUGACGGGCGCUAUGUUCGAGCGCCUGCAUCCGACUCUGUGCGCAUCGCGAAAGGCCGCAGGGUCUUUCUCGAAGUAACAGAAGACAACGUGAGGGUAGAUGGCUCACCCGAGUUAUUCUUCGCCCCACAUGGCAGUAAAAACCCUCAAUUCACCAAGGUCUACCUUCCUCCGAACUUCCAAGCUCGGAUUACUGCGUUCGUGGUCCUGUUGUGGCUCUUCGCGGCCUUGACUGGUGUCGCGUUCACUGUGGGACCCUUGAUAGUCGGUCGCAAAUUGACUCGACUCCUCUCGCAAACGAGCCAACCGCCAAACGAUCUGUAUGCUUUCACAAUUGGCAUCCACAUUUUCGCCGCGAUGGGAUAUGCCAUCGCCUACGCCCGGCCGGCUCGAGACUACCUACGACAGAAAUUCAGAUGGUCGGGAAAGCAGUUCCUCACCUCCGCGCUGCAUUUCCUUGGCCUCACAUACCUUGGGCUUUUCACCACCAUCAUUCUCCCCUUUGUUCUGUCUCUGAUCGUGGAGCUGUACAUCCAUAUUCCAAUCUUCGACCUCCUCGAAGUCCUCAAUCACCAAAAGCUCACCGGAGACUCCUCACCCUCCUCAUCUUCAACCACCACUCCCUCGGCAGGGACGGCACCCAACAAGACUUUCCCGCCUGCUACAAUCUUCAUACUCCAGUCCUGGACGAUUGGUCUUGUUUUCCUACGCCUGAUCUUCCGCAUCCUAGGCCACGUCCUCCCACCUACGGUGCGCCCUGCCAGGGCUCUUCGCGGGAUUGUGCGCAACGGCAUUUUCCAUGCUGACGUCGCUCUUGCCUCCCGAGCUUUCGUUCUCCCGGCUGUGAUCAUCUCUAUCACGCUCCUUGUCGUACCUCUCGCCUGCAUGAGAGCGAUCAUCAGCAUCUUCCAGAUUUCCGACAUCGGAAAGCAGAUUCGGAUGUAUCGUUUCGCAUAUCCGCUUUUCUUGUCCAUGAUGGUCAACUAUGUAGGCUUCUUGUACACAAGGAGGAAACUGGAGAAUUGGAGGGUAAAGAUUAGGGACGAGGUGUACUUGAUUGGCGAGAGGCUACAUAAUUUCCAGGAACCGAAGCCGAGAGGCAGAAGGGAGGGUGUGUCGAAAGGGCAGGGCAAGGAGCACGCUUGGGGAGAACGGCAGGGCUUUCCAGGUCUUGCAUGA